AUGGCACCGACGCCACCUGAGACUUCCUCAUCUGGGAGAUCACCUGAAGAACAGUAUCGCGUUGUUCGAAAGAGAAACAGGGUUCCCCUGAGUUGCUAUCCAUGUCGAACUCGAAAGAAAUGCGACAGGAACCACCCGUGCAGCAAUUGCAUGAAGCGUGAGGGAGGCGAUGCCAACUCAUGUCAUUAUGCGACGCCUGUCACACGGAAGAAGAAUCAAAAUCAAGGCUCCUCGAGCCCCGACGACAUGCAGAACCGAAUUGAUAGGCUGGAGGGUCUUGUAUUGUCACUUAUGCAUGGAGGUGCCAACAUUAGCCCGUCUUCUGCUGCCGUUGCCGCCACUGCAUCUUCGUCCGGGAAAUCGACAACACCGCCGCAAAGGGUACGGAUGACCACUGACAGUGUGUCUUCCUCUAAGUGCGACAGGGAUGAUGAGGCCGGGAUGAACGACGACAACGACGACGACAGCGAUGUGGACGGAGGACUCGCCACAUCCUUGGGCAUCCUCAAGUUCGACCCAAAUCAAGGGAAGUCCAUGUACAUCGGCCAGGAACACUGGCACCUCAUCCUCACAGACAUAGCAGAAGUGAAAAAUUACUUCAACACGCAUAAGACAGAGUUGGAGAAGAGCUAUGAGAAAGUCAGGUUAUCGAAACCCCCCAGCGCCAUGGAAGGCCCGACAAUCUUGCUCGGAGCCCCGAGGGCGACCGCACAGGAGCUCCGGGAUGGCCUGCCGUCUCGGGCAAGCGUAUUUACGCUCUGCGGGAGGUACUUCAGCUCCAUGGAUACCGGAACCUACGCCGUUCACGGACCGACUUUCCAACGAGAGCUCCGAGCCUAUUGGGAGGAUCCUUCAAAGCCCUCGAUCAUGUGGCUGGGUCUGCUCUAUGCCAUCUUGACUUUGGCCAUGUUGAGCUAUAACAGGGUUGGCGACGAGCCCCCGGAGUGGAAAGGACGAACGCUAGAAAUGGCGGCCGAAUACCGUCUGCGAACUGCCCAGUGUCUAGUGGAAGGGGACUACACGAAGCCGGGAGAGUACACGGUCGAAACCAUGCUGCUCUAUGUCUACGGGGAAUACUCGUCUCGGUGGGAUGCUGAUUUGGGCCUGUGGAUGAUCUCUUCACUUAUCACCAGAAUCGCCCUCCGGCUGGGUUACCAUCGUGACGCGAAGUGGUUCCCCUCGUUAACACCCUUCCAAGCUGAAAUGCGGCGGCGCAUGUGGAUCUUUAUCAGAGUGACAGACAUAAUGUUCUCACACAACGUGUCUUUGCCUAGCAUGAUUCGUGACGAGGACUGCGACACCCAAUUUCCGAGUAAUUUGUUUGACGACGAAUUUGGUCCAGAUAUCAACGAGCUACCACCGUCCCGUCCAAACAUAGAGCCUACACCAAUCUCCUACAUGAUUGCGAAAACCAAGCUCUGCCUCGAGCUAGGAAGGAUACUCCAGCUUACCGGUCGAGUCGACAGGCCCGCACACUAUGAAGAGAUAUUGCGCUUCGACGCAAGGUUGCGAGAAUUCAUGCAGGAUCUCCCUCCGCACCUGAAAAUCCGGCCCUUGGAGGGUUCUCAUGACCCGGUCUCGCUCAUCAUGGCAAGGUUCAACAUCGACGUGCUCUACCAGAAAAUUAUGUGCAUCUUACAUAGAAGAUAUCUAUCUCGGGCGCGGCAGAACAUACGAUAUGCCCACUCACGCCGGGCUGCUGUCGAGGCGUCACUAGAGAUACUCCAGCAUUUGGCCACUCUACAUCGAGAAUCCCGACCGUCCGGGCGCCUCCAAUCCAUUCAAUGGCAUGUUACUUCAAUUGCCACCAAGGACUCUAUGCUUCCAGCCAUGGUCGUUGCCAUGGAUCUACAUCACGACAACGUCGAGAAAGCUCGUGGAGAGCGGAGGACGCCAGACGAAUCCUUCUUCUGGACGACCGAACAGCGGCUGAACAUGAUAGAACACCUUGAACUAACCAAGAAUGUCUUCCAGGGCCUUGCUGAUACCUCGGUGGAGGCAUAUAAAGCAUACACGGGCUUAAACAUCAUGCUUCAGAAGAUUAGGUUACCUGAUCCUUCGUCAGAAAGUCCAAAUGGGGGCGUGAAUAUGUCAGGAUACUCCGAUCCACAGUCCGAGAUCAAGCCGGAACACUCUGCAGCCAUGACCUUAGGCUUGCUGUCCAGUGGUAUGACCCCCGACACAGCAGCAGCCCUCGCGAGCAUGCAGACACUUGGGCCCAACGGCUUUGGCGAUGUGGACUUCAGCAUGUCUACAGACGGCCCAGGCACCGGUUUGACACCUAACGUCCCAGUCGACUUGGGCAUGAACAACCCUCAAUCUCCCUUCUCCAUGUUCACCAAUCUCGAAUCAAGCGGAGAUCUUAUGGCCAAUUUUGACUGGACCGCCUUUGAGAACUAUACACAAAGCGCCAAUUGGGGCACCGACAACUCGUUCACGCUGUUUCCCGGCGACGCAACACAACCUCAACCCGACCAAGACGGCUCAGGGUAUUCAUUUCCCAACUCUGCUAGGGCCAGCUCCAGAUAG